CAUUAUUUUUAUGGUCAACUAACUAUUACGAGAACAUGUUCCAGGAGCACUGGGAGGGACAACUCACAAGUAGUGAGUUUGUAGCUGCUGCACCUGUAUUACUGUCAUAAUGUGAACCGACAAUGUGAGCCCAUGAAACACUAUGGACUACUCAGGUAGUGAUAAGGGUCGUAUAGCACCCCAUGUCAACUCCCUCGUCAAACUCCUCCAGUCACACCUCUCACAUCACCGCUUCCCCGAGGCCACGCCCAUCUUGGAGACCCUGGCCCUGGCAACCGACAGGGUACCUGGUAUUGUCUGGAGGGGUGGAAGAGAGGUUCUGCUCCACUCUGGAGACUACUCUCAUGCUCUGCAGCUCUACCGCAGUUUCUUUAAAGUUCAGCAAUGGCGUAUAGAAACUCUCCUGGAGACAAGUUUCUUCACAGCCAGUCACGGUCACCUGGACGAAGCAUACGACUGUCUCUCCAGCCAGCUCCAGGUUAACCCCUUCAGGUCCCACCCUCUCUGCCACGGCUACUGCGGCCUCUACCAGUUCCUCCUCCACAGACAGCAUCAGACCUCCACCACCACCAGGAUUAAGACUGAGUUACGAGGAAUUCACCCUAUUGCCGUGACUGCACAGGAGGAAGCAGCUGAAGAUUCAACUCCUCACAUCACUCUCGCUCUCAAACAUCUUCAGACUGUGCAGACCAUUGAUGCCCAGUUGCCCGAUGGGACGGGCAAUCUCGACCUCUUUGUCAAACUGUUGGCUGAGCUACUGGAGGAGCAGGGAAAGAUUGAGGAGGCUCUGGCAUGUCUGGUCCGGUACUGCCACGGACAUCCUCUGAGACUCAACCCAACAAGGUUUGUGUGUGAUUUCUUGAGGGAGCAUCACCCUGACAACACGGAGGCAAGGCUGCGUUACCUUGGCGACCUGGUGAAGCUGGAUGAGAGCUGCCCUGAAGUCCUGGAAUUCCUGGAACUUUCAAUUGACAAAGACUCUCCAGAUCUCCCCAGACUGUUCCCUAUUCUCCUCCGUUUCCUCGACUACCCUCACAAUGCCACAGAGACUGACGGCUGGACUCUGCUGGACACACUGCAGCGAUUGUGGCCACAGUAUGUGCAGUGUACCGAGUGGAAGAGCAGGCAGAACUGGUGGCCAAGAAUAUAUCCUCAAACUAGCAACCGAGAACCAAAUUGAUACACACUAAUUAUCAGCUACUGCAUGUAAGAUAGUGUGUCUAGUCCAGCAAAGCAAGAAACGCUCAGUGAUGCUGCUGCCCGUUAGAGCAAGAAACGACAUGCCGUGGAGCACGUGACAGCCCAGCCC